GAGGAAAACAAGAAAAAAAUAUUCUGAACCAAUGGACUGCAGACAUAGUACAGGAAAUGACCAGAGACUGCAGACAUAGUACAGGAGAUGACCAGAGACUGCAGACAUAGUACAGAAAAUGACCAGAGACUGCGGACAUACUGCAGAAGACGACCAGAGGCUGCGGACACAGUACAGGAGAUGACCAGAGACUGCGGACACAGGACAGGAGAUGACCAGAGACUGCGGACACAGUACAGGAGAUGACCAGAGACUGCGGACACAGUACAGGAGGUGACCAGAGACUGCGG